UUCCUUCUUUUUGUUUCAUUUAGCAUCUUUCUGCCAAAAAUAAUAAUAAUGAUAAAGAACUAAAGAGAAACAAGAAUAACUAACUACUUUUAAGUUUUUGGAAGAUAAUAUUUAAUAAUUUUUUGUACAUAUGGUGGGAGAAACAUGAAACUAUUUGUCUUCUCUCGGUCCACUUACGUUACUUGAGAAUCCAUUAACCAAUCAAAGCUACUUUGGAGUUUUUUUUUUUUAUACAAAAAUCAUUUUUUAAAAUUUUUAUAGGUUAUCUUUAGGCUUAAGGAGUUCGCCUGGUAAGUGGUAAGAGAUCACCUACUUUUAAAUUAAAACUAGUAUUUGAGUCCGGGCGUUGCCCGGGGUUGGUAUUGUUUUCCGAACUUGAUACGCAUUUUUUUCCAUUUUCAUUAAAAUAUAUUAAGAAAAACUCAACAUUCAAAAGGUACAAAUAUAAUAAUGUGGACGCCCAAAGGAUGACUAAAGUUGGCUGAGAUGGUAAUUGUGUCAUGUAUAAUAGCAAGAGGUCCCGAGUUCAAAUCUUGUAUAGAUUAGGUAAUGGGAAAAAGAGAAUUAGCCCAAUAGUGACUAGGUUAAUUUUUUUAGAUGUCAAGUUUAAUCGAUUUAGUUAUCAAGUCUGCUUUUAUAUUGAAAUUAGACUGUCUCUUUUAACAAUUCUUGAUAGGGUAAUUGAGCUAUGCAAAAAUAUUCCAAUAUGUAACACCCAUAAUCUUGUUUACCAAAAGCGUGAAAGACACAUCAAAGUCCAUCAUCUUAUUGUUGUCUUACUAGAUUAGCUAGAAAGACAUUAGACAUGGGCAUAUAUAGCAUGCUAAUACAAGUAACUGUUUUUUAGUGUUUAUCUGUAGGAGUGUACGAUAUAGUAAGUCAAAAGUACAUCAAUUUCACCUAAAAUCAUUGAUUGUUCUAGCUCCGUUUUAAAAUGUUAUUAUCAAUGGCGAUGUAAUGAAUGUUCUAUUAAUGUCACAAUGUUUUUCUUAGUUUUUUUUUUUCCGAAUACAUAUAUUCGACUCUUAACAUAUAUACUUGUCCAUCAAUUUAAUUGAUAACAAAUUGAUCUAGAAGUAUAUACUGAAAUAAUUGUAAUAAGAUAUCACGUAAUUAUAUUUGUUAAUGUAAAUAACCAACUAUGAAAACUUUGACCACAUUAACAAUCAAUGGGAAAAAUGUUACUCCCUCCGUCCCAAAAUAUAGUUCCCAUUUUCCUUUUUUCACGGUAAUUUAUGCAAGUUGGGAUAGUAAAGAUUUUUUGUUUAUUUAAAUAAAUGUUGUAUGGGAAAAGAUGAUUUUAGGAGAGAGAAUGGAGAUAAUUGGUGAAAGAUCAUUAAUUGUAACAUUUUGGUUGAAUAAACAAAGGAAAAAACAAAAUUCAAGAAACAAAUAAAUGAUGGGACACGAUUUUUCUAGACAAAUUACGGGAAAAUGUGGAACUAAAUAUUGAAAUGGGAACUAUAUUUUGGGACACCCAAAAUGGAAAUGGGAACUAUAUUUUGGGACGGAGGGAGUAUAAAAUAGAAAGAGUAUACUAUUUCAAGAAAACAUUUUACUUUAGUUUAUUUUGAUGUUUCAAAAUAAAAGUUCUACGAAUCUAUACUAAUAUAUUAAAAGGCGUGCAUAAAUCAGGAACGGUGCCACGUGACGUUCUCCCUAAGGAGUUUUAGUUCAUGUAAUCCAUGUACAAUAAAAAAAAUUAGAAAUUGCAUAGUAUAGGUUUUGAUCCCGUGACCUCAAGUUCAUGUACUAAAGUUUUAACCACUAGACCAAGUUGUAUUUAUUGUUAUCAUAUCAAAGUAUAAUAUUAAUAAAUGAAAUUUUUUUUCUUACCCGGGGCGUAGCCCAAGCUUAAUAACUAGUUCUUGUAUUAAAAUGUGCUACUUGUUAGUUGAUGGUACAAGGUGAAUUACUAAUUCGUAUAUAUGAGGUUAGAAUUGAUAAUACAUAUGUAGGGCAACUGAUAGGAAAUACUAAUGCUAUAAAAGAGUUAUUGCCGAUGCAUUUAUGGAGUUGUCGACAAAUACAAAUAAAGUUAUUAAUAAUGUAUAUAUAACUUUUUUUGGGCCCCCUUUUGAAAACUCGUAGUAAGAUGAAUUUCUCCUGGGCUGUGAAAUUUUACUUGCAACUGAUACGAAAUACUAAUGCUAUAAAAGAGUUACUGCCGAUGCAUUUAUGGAGUUGUCUAACAAAUACAAAUAAAGUUAAUAAUAAUGUAUAUAUACCUUUUUUUUUUCUCCUUUUAGAAACCCGUUGUAAGAUGAAUUUCCUCUGAACUGUGAAAUUUUACUUCCACCAUGAUUUGAAUCUUAAUCUUCCAUGUAGGAAAUAAGAAACCAUACCAUUAGACCAAAAGAUCUUUGGUAAUACCGAUCACAUAACACAUCAUACCAAAAUGGGCUAUAAACCUGUAAGAGUUUUACUACAUUCUAAGGUUUUCAUAAUAAGGUGAAUAAAACAGAGGAAGUAUAAAGAGUAAAGAAACAAGUAAUAACUUACCUUCAACUUUUAUGGUUAUUAAUUGGACCUACAUGUAAACUUAUAGCCUUAAUUUACAUGAAAUUUUUAUGUGACUCAUAUAUUUGUAUGCAUGUGACCUUCGGAAUUACAUUACCCUUCUUGUCGGCUAUCACAACCCCCCACUCCCACCUCUUCUUUCUUUCUCUCUCGUGAUGUCUCUAAUUAGAUGAGUAACUUAUAACCCAAUCAUAAAGUUACACGCAACUACCCCUUAAUUUGGCAAUAAAAACCCCCCUUCUUCUCAUACAAACUACCCAUUAUUUCUCCCAACCCACAAACACAAACUUCACACAAACACACACACUAACUAAAUAACCAAACUAACACACUAAAAAAUGAACCUCUUAUUACCUCAUCAUUUCUUUGUUACACUCAUACUACUACUACUCACUAGAAUGCCAAUUAUGGUAAUUUCUUACCAUGAUUACCAUGAUGCACUAAUGAAGUCAAUUCUAUUCUUUGAGGGACAAAGGUCAGGCUACUUGCCCCCGGACCAAAGGGCCCGGUGGCGAGGCGAUUCGGGUCUUGGUGAUGGAGCGGAGCGAGGUGUAGACCUUACUGGUGGCUACUAUGAUGCUGGGGACAAUGUUAAGUUUAACUUCCCUAUGGCUUUCACCACUACAAUGUUGGCAUGGAGUGUGGUGGAGUUUGGGGAGUUAAUGCCUCCUAAUGAGUUGAGGAAUUCUUUGGUUGCUAUUAAAUGGGCCACUGAUUACCUCCUUAAGACCAUUGCUCAACCUAAUAGAAUCUAUGUUCAGGUGGGUGAUCCUUUAAGUGAUCAUGGUUGUUGGGAGAGGCCAGAGGAUAUGGACACAAAACGAACAGUGUAUGUGGUUGAUGCUCCAAACCCAGCUUCCGAUGUUGCUGGUGAGACUGCAGCCGCGUUGGCGGCUGCUUCGAUGGCUUUCCGAUCAGCAGAUCCCGGUUACUCGGAAACCUUAAUAAGAAAUGCCAUCAGUGUAUUCCAAUAUGCAGAUAAUUAUAGAGGAGCCUAUAGUGAUAAUUCAGAUGUUAGAGGUGGUGCCUGCCCCUUUUAUUGUGACUUUGAUGGAUAUCAGGAUGAGUUACUUUGGGGAGCAGCAUGGUUAAGGAGAGCUACUAAAGAUGACGCAUAUCUUAAUUAUGUAGAAAGUAACGCCCACACUCUUGGUGCUGAUGACAAUAUCAAUGAGUUUGGGUGGGACAAUAAACAUGCUGGUCUUAACGUAUUAGUCUCAAAGGAAGUGGUAGAAAGAAGCUUAUACUCACUUCAAGUGUACAAAUCAUCAGCAGAUAGUUUCAUGUGCACCUUAAUCCCAGAAACAUCAUCUUUCCACAUUGAGUACACCCCUGGUGGCCUAAUCUACAGGCCUGGAGGAAGCAAUCUCCAACAUGCCACUACCAUUUCUUUCCUCUUACUUGUUUACGCUAAUUACCUCGAUAAAGCAUCAUUAACGGUUAAUUGUGGCGCGGUUAACGUAGGGCCCGCCUCGCUCCGGAGGAUAGCUCAAAGGCAGGUUAACUAUAUCCUAGGGGAGAACCCCAAUGGUAUGUCUUACAUGGUAGGAUAUAGUCUUAAGUACCCUCAAAGAAUUCACCAUAGAGCUUCAUCUUUACCAUCUAUUAAAGACCAUCCUAAGCCCAUUGCUUGUAAAGAAGGGACCAUUUAUUUUAACUCAUCCCAGCCCAACUUAAAUGUCCAUAUUGGAGCCAUUGUGGGCGGCCCAGGUGAAGAUGACUUGUACCAAGAUGAUCGGGCUGAUUUUAGAAAGUCCGAGCCCACUACUUAUAUUAAUGCUCCAUUUGUUGGGGCCCUUGCUUAUUUUACUGCUAAUCCAGGCCCACUUUAGUUCAUUACCUGAUUAUGGGUGCUAAUCAUUUUGUAUAGAAUCUUCUUAAUAGUUUUUAAGGUCAACCCUUUUUUUUAGGUUUUUUUUAAAAACUUUUUUUUUUUGCUUUUUUUUUUUUUUUUUUAACUUUCCGAAAUCAUGAAAAGUGUACAUGGGAAAGUGUCUCUCAUCUUGUGUGAAUCCAAGAGUGGAAGAGGCUCAUAAAUGUUUUUUUUUUUUUUUUUGAGGAAUGGAAAUCCUCUCAUAAAGUCACAAUAAAUCAUUGUGAUUUUGCCUUGUUUAUGUUAUUUAAUUUGCUUUGAUUUGAUGUAAUAGUGAUGCGGCAAUGAUGCCGACACUUAUCAAGUUGUUGUUGUUGUUACUACAUAAGUUAAUGCAAGGAUAUAAAAAUCCAUAGAACUAUUUUGAAGAAUGGCCGUACCAUUGUUUAUUUAUGAUUGAUAUAUGUAUUAUUUUCUUCAUUUCGUUUUAAAUGCAACAAAAGAAUAUUUUAUAUUUUAUAAAUAAUACUCCUUUGUUGUAUUUAAAAUGAAACGGAGGAAGUACAAUACUUGGUGUGUAAA